CCAUCCUGGAAGACCAUGCAACGAGGCUUCGGCCAUUUUGCAAUGAAGAUGUCCGAAACGGAAGGACAAGCAGAGCCGGGCCCGUCAGGCACCCAGGCCAAGGAAACACCAGUGAAAAAGGGAAGAGGAAGACCUCGGACAAAACCUGUAGAGGAACCAACUGGUGAGCCGAAACCCAAAAGACCACGAGGACGACCACUGGGGAGUAAAAAUAAAAAAAAAGAAAUAAAACAGGCACCGACAGCGGCACCAAAGAGAGGGCGAGGUCGACCGAGAAAAUGGGUGAGUGACGUCGCUCGCUGCGGAGGCGUGAGGGGUGGGAUUCAUUAUCAACCAUUGCUUAUCCUUUCAUUCCACUCUGCUCAGCCUCAUAUGAAUCCCGGGCAUACUUUUUUGGAAUCUUCGACUCAUCUUUCUUCAUUCUUUGUCAUCUCGCCGACGAAGCGCACACAGAUUUUUACGUAG